AUGGGCCCUGGAAGCGGAAGCAGUGGUUCUGGAAGCGGUGGUAUGGGCCCAAGUGGUGGAUACGGCGCCAAUCAGACAACAAACACUGAUAACACAUCAUCCGGAUCUAGCUCAAAGUCUUCUUCGAGUUCAAACUCUCUCAAGCUAGGUCUUUCGAUUGGUAUCCCGCUAUUUGUAGCAAUUGUAAUUGGUGCAGUAAUCAUAGCAGUUGUAAUUACAUGCAAGAGAAACGGAUACAAUCCUAGCAAAGAUAUCACCGUAAUGGAUCCAUAA